GCUUAACCCUUGAAGUGCCAUAUUUUGUAUCAGAAGUUUAAGUGAAAAGGGUGGAACCAAGGAUUACCUUAUCUGUUCCUCUACCAUGGCAAGUGGUCUUGGAAGCAAACUCUUCAAGGAUGAAUAUCGAAAUUGGCGGGCUGUAGAUCAUGCUUUCGACCUGAUGAAUGAAGGGAUUCGUCCUUUCAUCACACGAGAAAUGAAAGCUAUAUACAACACGUUGAUGGGCCUUGGUCGUCCUCCUUGCACCUGCCGUUAUAAAAAAAGCAGAAAGAACAAUCCCUGGCAUGAUAUGCGUGUCUGUGAUUGGGCCAAGGCAUUGCAGUUAUAUCAUGGGAGCAACAAGCCUAAGUGGCACCAAAGCGAUGCGUCCAACUGGACUGACCCACUAUCAGGAAGCUGGGAGAUCGCUAAGCUCUUUAUGUCUGAUCUUGGAAAGCAGAAGGCAGUAGUUGUAGAUGCUUCAAGUACUGACACCACAGGUCUUUUAAACAUUUUCUGUUGGUGUAAGAAUUUUGCACCACUUCGCCGCUUUGCAGAGAGAGUCAGAGAUGUUAGAAAUAUCAAGUGGGGACAUAAUUCAAAGUUUGAACUGAGUCUUAGAGAGAAAAACGAUGCUAUUCGUACUAUUGAGCAACUUCUAAAUGCUGGUGCGCUUCAUGCAGAUCCUGAUGCUCAGAAGGCUCUGAACUCAAUCAACACAAUGAACAGCCAUUUCGAUGCACAAAAAUUGGAGCGUCAGAUAAUACGCGACUAUAUGACUGAGGUGACUAAUGAGUUGAAUAGUGUACAGUCCGAGUUGACAGAACUUGAUACUAAACAGAAGAAACACAAGAAGACCAUGAAAGGAAUAAAAAGGCGUAUUAAAAAUCAGACAGAAUGUAUGAAGUCCCUUAAGGCAUUGAGAAAUAUCGGCUAUGUCAGUACUUUCGUUGCAACGGUUUUUAGGACUAUGAAUAGUAUAAGAAAAAAGGCAAAGAUGGUUCUUUGGUUGUUUAUGCUGUUUUUGUUUGUGGUACAGUUUGACCCAUCCUCAAACAGUCUUGAACGGUGUCCAAGCGAAGAUCGCCCAUUACCUUUUAACCUUAGAGACGUUAGCACACAGCUUAAUGCUGCAAGAAAAGAUUUUGUUGGCCGUCGUUGGUUUUAUGAUGAUGUCAAAAACCUACUAGAGUCACUGGAUCCACCAGUCUUGCUUAUAAUUGGGGAACCCGGUUCAGGAAAGUCAGCGAUCGCAGCGAAUCUUAUAUGCUCACGCACUUCUGAGGCCGCAAUCCACGAAAACAUUAUCGCUUAUCAUCUUUGCCAACAUUACAGUAAAGAAACCCAAGAACCAGGAAAGUUUAUUAAAAACACUGUACAUAUGAUCUCAAGGAGAAGUCGUGAGUAUGAAAAUGUUAUUCUAAAUGGUACUUUGAUGAAAGUCUUACAGGGACGUAAAUGUGAGUCAGAUCCUUACAAGUGCUUCAUAGAAGCUAUUGUGGAUCCUCUAAAAAGAGCUUUUAAGAAUCCAAGUAAGUUUUAUUACAUUGUGAUAGAUGCUCUUGAUGAGUGCAUCCCACACCAAAGCCAGCAUGUUACUAUUAUUGACUUACUGAAAGAUAAAGUAAAUGAAUUUCCAAAAUCGAUCAAGGUUAUAGCAACAACGAGGAAUGACUCUAAAGUUGUGAAACGUUUUCCACAAUCACUGGCUAAACAGCUUCAUAUCAACACAUCCGAUCCUCGAAACUUAGAGGACAUUGCGUUCUACAUCGACAGAAAUCUUUAUCCGCGCAUGAAUUUCAUCGACAAAAUUCGGUCCUAUUUGACUCUGUCAUCGCGUGACUCUUCAAAUACCAAAUUAUCUGACAAUCUCGUGAAAAUCAGCCAAGGAAAUUUUCUGUUUGCCGAACUCUUGGUGAAGUAUAUAAAGUUCGACUCCCAAAUCUCAUCAAGAAUGCCCCAAAGUUUGGAAGGGGUUUACGAAAGGUAUUUUCGACGUGUUUUUCCAACUCGGGAAAGUUUCAAAGACAUUCGGGGGGUUCUAGAAAUUCUGGUUGCAUCAACAAAACCAUUCAGGAUGGACAAAAUUUUCAAAACAAUUAAAUUGCAAAGCCCUGACUUGGACUACAUGUACUUUAGUAAAGAUCUUGAAAGUCUGUCGUAUUUUCUUCGUUACUCAAGAGACAACAAGAUUUCUUUGUUCCACAAAUCACUGAUGGAAUGGUUGGUGUCGGACGAAAAUAAAAGUAUAUAUGUUGUCAGCAAAAAGGCUGGCCACAGAAAGUUAAUACUUUACUACAUGGACGCAAUAAAAAACAAGCAAACGGCUGAUUUGGAAGAGGCGGUACUCAGUUUAGCCCAGCAUAUUGCUUUUGGAGAUUCUGUUGAAAAGGACCAAAAAGAAUUUAUCAGUAUAUCAUCCAAAAUCAUCCAAAACUUCACAGGUUUUAAUAGGGACAAAAGCUCUUUUCUUCACUUGGCAGCAAGAAUAGACAACCCAGAAGUAAUAAAACUCUUUUUACCUUGUUUUCGUGAUAAUGUGGAUCGUACAGAUUCGAAUGGAUUUACUCCGGCUUUUGUUUCUUCAAGAAGCGGGUUUCUUAGAAAUCUUAAGAUCCUAGUGGACCAUGGAGCAAAUAUCAGUCACAAAACCAAUCUUCCACCACGACCAGCUUUAGUAAAUUUUGAAGAUCCCGUGAUAACUGCGAAGUGGGAGCUUUGGAACUCUUCGAUGCUACAUGCUGCUGCACAGGGUGGCCACCUGUCAAUUGUGGCCUAUCUUCUUGAAAGUCACCCAAAUAUCGAUGACGCGAAUGGAGUUGGUAUGACUGCUCUUCAGCUGGCAGCGGAAAACGGGCAUUUGGAAAUUGUGAAGCUUUUGAAUCAAAAAGGUGCAAAAAUUGACCAGUUUGCUCUUUAUCAGGCAGCCAUGAAUGGACACAAAGAUGUUGUCGAGUUCUUAAUCAGUAAAAAUGUCACUCAAAACUGUUUGAGAUGCGACGGCUCCUUUUAUUGGCUGGGAGGAAAAUCUCGAUAUCAGAGUUUGUGGUUUGAUGUUGCAAAAAGGUUCUCAAGUGCAAAGAGUCGCAUUGAUGCCAUUUUGUAUUACUACUUGAAUUACUCCUUGAUUGAUGACCUAUCGUUUUUAUAUUGUGAAACACCGUUGCAUAUCUCUGUUCAGAAAAGAUAUACAGAUGUUGCUCGUAUUUUGAUUUCACGAAUUGGCUCUGCAAUCCACUGUGCGGACGUGACUGGAAGCACUCCAUUGCACAUUGCAGCUCGCAAUAAUGACCUCGAACUGAUUAAAAUGUUAAUCGAAGCUGGAGCAAGAGUAGACUCAAAAUGCUCUAGAUUUCUCCAUCAGGAGCAAGCGAUAAGCAGAUCGCUUUCGCUUUGUAUAAAGAAGCGUAUACAUCCAAUUCUGAGAGAUAAAGAUACCCUAUAUUCUAUGGCUAUAGAGACGUGUUCUUGUGGCCAUACACCAGUUCAUGUUGCGGCUCAAUUUGGUCACAUCGAAAGUGCACAAUUGCUGUUACAACAAAACGAAAAUUUGUCCAUUGAAGCUGAUUGUGACGGUUCGUCUUUGAUACACAUAGCAGCCUGUCAUGGCAAACACGAUUUUAUUCAGUGGCUUACAAAUCAUGUCCAAAAUGUUCAUAUCAAUAGCCCUAAUGCAAAAAAUGGAUCUACUCCUUUACACAGUGCUGUAGCGUGUGAAAAUGUCAAGGAAGCAAAAGCCUUGAUUAAGGACGGCGCAAAUGUUUCGGCUCUCGAUGCAAAUGACUUGACAAUCGUUCAUUAUUGGAUUUUGAAUGCGCCUGUCAACGUAUUUUGCUAUGAACAAUUGUUUCUCCCUAGUGAAAAAGACAUUUAUUUUCAGAAUGAAAACAUGAACGUUUCCAUAUCUUCUGAUAAAACACUCUUUGUACUACAAUACGCUGACCAAGAACUAAAACAAGAAUUUGUGAAAAUUGAUGACAACUGUCGUGAUUUCAUGGAAUUAUUGAGUGACAUCAAUGAUCCUUCACUGUUUGUUGUGAAAGACAAAUUUGGCAGAACACCUUUGCACAUGUCAAUCAAUAGCGGCUUACGUUGCGUCAGUAUCGUACUUAUGAAUAUAAUGCCAGAUCAGGUACUUGAAGAAGAAUUGGGGUAUUCUAUAUGGGAUUAUAUCUUCAAUGACUUAGUGUAUAAAGAAGAUAAGUGCCGGCCACGGAAUACUAUCAAAGCAAUGUUUUCAUUUUUUGACGUGUUUUUCAGUGAAAAGCAACAUGGCGACUUUGUGUUCGGUGUCAAAUUUUCAACACUAAAAAAGAUAUUUCGCACCUACCUUAAAAAAGGUAAGACGAUCAAAAGCGUUGAAAGGUGGCUUUUAGAUAAAGCAAUUCCAGUUACCAUUGAAUGUAACGUUCCAUUCCUAAAAUCAGAACUUCAUCUACUUGCUUACUGGCCACCAGCAAAUGAUUUUGAUAACUUUUUAUUCACGACAAUUGAUGGAUCUACAAGAAUACCUGGACCACUUGCCAAGGCCGUUACUAACCAUCCCCUUGGUAUAAGCAUCAUCAACCGAUGUCGUGACCAGGAAGGAUAUACAGCCCUUCAUCGUGCAGCUCAAGGUGGUAACAGAAUUGCCAUCAAGGAAUUUCUUUCUUGGGGAGCUGAUACCAAAGCCAGAACAAGAGAUACUAAUCUUACAGCCUUAGACUUGGCUGUAUCAUUUGCUGGACUACCGAAGAGUACUUUAGAAGCAUUUGGUUUUCAUUUAUUCACGGACCAACUCUCUACAGUAAAUUUAAAAACUGCUUUAUACAAUUCUGCAUCAAGUACUUCUUUGUUGUUACUUGAUCGAACUCCGAAUGUUAAAGUCACUUGCGAUGGAAGCUCAAAACAACUUACUAUAUACCACAUUGCUGCAUACCGCGGUAUGUUUGAUUUUGUCGAAGAACUGCUCAAAAACUCGAAACGUUACGGAAUCACUGAAAUGGAUUGUCCAGAUAGGAAUGGGAUAACACCUUUGUAUUUGGCCAAGCUUAGGGUUGUGGAAAAGUCUUCUGACACAGAAGAGGUAGUAUCGACGGCAGACAGGUGGAUGAAAACGGUCAAAUUAAUUGAAAGGCGAGGGUGCAAAGUACGUUAUCCGCUGAGUUUGGAGGUUGAGCACCAUGUGUUGUACAGACAUUUAUUCGGCAGUUGUUAUCAAUUUGACUUCAAUGCAGAUGUAUUCAAAGAUUUGUUGCAAUUGUAUGGACACGGCGCAAUUAAUACUUGUUACAAUGAGAAAAAGAUUGAUAGCUUCUCCGUAAAUGAAUAUUUCAAUUCUAUCCUCGAAAUGAUAACUUUGCCUAUAAUUUCUCCUUUUCUAUCGAAAAAGGAUGCAAUUGAUUAUUAUAGUUCACAAGUUAAAGCUGGAACUGGAGCAAGUCAAGAAAAGUUAAGCCAGUGUGACGACACGAAACUGUGUUCGCGAUUCAAUCACCUUUUAAAGGUGGCAAUUUUAUGUUUUCAAAAGGAAACAGUAGGCGCUCGAACAAAGGGCAGGUCAUCUUUUUGUCGUGCGCAUUUCCAGUUACGAAGUGCAAAAUUUACAAAGUUUCGCUUAAAAUUUACACCUAUUUUUCAUCUCCAUACCACAAGGUUUACUGGUAAAUAUCAUCGUAAGACUCUCGCUGUGGGAAUGCGCUACCUGCUUGAUAUAGUUCUCAAUAAAACUACAAAGUACGACUAUCUACGCAAGCUAUCGCUCGGAAUUUCACCUGAUACUCGCUUAUUUUAUGAUAACACCACCAUUGAUGACUCGGCUAGUAGGAAAUCAAAGGCCAUGAUUAAAGGAACUAAUGAAAUGUUUGAUGAGAUACUAGACAACCUUUGGAGUCUCUUGGCUAUAGGCGAUGACAGAAUUACAGUGGCCUUUUUUGACAGCUGGACGAAGUGGCAGGAAGACCCCAAUUGGAAAAAGAACAGGGCUGACUAUGAGUAAGCGCGAAAAACGCUUGUACCAUCGCCUGAUCUUUAAUUUAAAUACCUCUAUAGAUAUUGUAUGUACAAUUUUGACUGUAGACACAAUUGCAGAGAUAAUCAAUGGGAUGGAUGCACGCGGUAGAGUUCAAGAGAGUUCAUGAUAGAACUACGUGCCCGACUUGAUAUCACUAUU